AUGUCGAUCCCCACCGCUGUCCCGGCCCCCAACAUCGGCGGUCUGCAGGGAAAGGGCGGCCCCCGCGCCAAGCGCGAGGCCCAGAACAGGAAAUACGGCACGCCGCUCCCGCUCCUCCUCCCCGAAUCGGCGCUGUACAAGCUCCAACCUGGCGCGGCGUCUUCGAGCCAGUCGUCAGUCCUCAACAAGGUCCUCCCCGAUGUCCUCACUCGCCGGGUGUACAUUCCUCCUGUUGUGGGCGUGUUUGACGCGGCGUCCCAGUCGGUCUGGGUCACCGGAAGCGAGGACAUGGAGACGCUGUUCAACCGCGGAUUCUUCGGCAAGGGAACGCUGAGCAGGUCCGAGCCCAGCUGGCAUUCGCGCCGUGCCGACCUCGUGCGCGGUGGCAGCGCUCUGGCGGCGGAGCAGAUUCGCGAGCAGAGACGCAAGGAGCGCAAGCAGUUCAAGAUUGAUCGCGCGGCGGCCAUGCUCGAGGCGGCGAUGAAGGCCGAGGCGGUGCUCACCACUGGUCAGCUGCCAGACGGAUACGUUGCUCCUACUGGAGAGGUUGACGUCGAGGGCGAGGUCGAGGUCGAGGGUGAGGGCGAGGGUGACGCCGACGCCGAGGCAGAAGGCGACAACGAAGUGGUCGAUCGCCCCGCAUCGCCCGCGCCUUCCACUCUCUCGCUCGCCACCGACGCCGCGUCCACCGUGGCACCGACCAGCCUCACCCCACAAACCUUCCUCGUCCGCCCAACACGCCCAGACGCGAACCGUAACCGUGGCAAGAAGCCGUUCCGUCGUCGCCCACCACCCCCAGCGGCACAGGCAGCGGACGGCUCCACUCCCGCUGCUGCCCCGACUCCGGCGCCUACUCCUCGCCCACCGCCCCCUCCCCCGGCUCCCGAGGAGGAGUCUGCCUCGGAGGACGAGGCGGCCGCCCUCGUCCCGCACAUGGAGCACCUGCAGCUCAACCUCCAGGAAGCGCUCUUCCUGUGCACCCUGGGCGUGCUCAAGGUCCAGGACCCCGCGACAGACACCAUCGUCCCCGUCACGGCCAUCAUUGCGCGGUUCCUGACGCCUAUCGACCCUCCUCGUCCCCUCUCGCCAGCGCCCCGUGCACUGUAUCCCGACGACCCGCUGCUCGUGUCGUACGCGGCAUACCACCACUACAGGUCGCUCGGCUGGUGUGUCCGUGACGGCAUCAAGUUCUGCGUCGACUGGCUGCUGUACCGCCGCGGUCCCGUGUUCUCGCAUUCUGCCUUCUCGAUCCUCAUGGUGCCCGUGUACAUGGAUGCCGAGGACCAGGCUGUCAGCCCGUACGGUAACUCGGACUGGUACGCCGAGCGUAUGAGCUGGAAAUGGAUGAACACGAUCAUGCGUGUCAACUCGCUCGUCAUGAAGCCAGGAGUCGCUAUCCGAUGCGUAUUGGUGGGCAGAGGCACCCUUAACGGCUGGAUGGCUCCCCAGAUGACCGCCUUCAGCUAG